GGAACCAGUAAAUCCCUAACUCCCCCGUCUUGACCUAUUGCCUUUAUUUGAGCGAUGUUACUGGAGGGAAAUGCUGAACUCAAUUAGGGAGUCUCUCAAAAAGAGGCAUUUCAGGCAGGACAACAGGAAUACUUGUGGAUUUCAUGUCUGCUUCAGAUUUAGAAACGAAAACAGAACCGGUCCGAAAAUACUACGGGGAGGGUGAUCUGCAGAACUUCCGAGCGUCUGAGCGCCUGGCAACGGACAGGCGCACAGGAGGCGCUCAAUAAAUACUCCCCGGUAAAUGAGUACAAGAAAUCCGCGGCCAACAGAAAGGAGACAAGUGCUGAUCCUCAAGCUGGGAACACCAGAGGCGCGAGGAUCUGUUGAACCUUUAUCGUGAACUCUGAGGGGCCGGCAUCGGUCUCCAUUUUACGGAGGAAUCAGAGGCUCAGAGAGGUGAAGUGACUUCCCCAAGGCCGCACACCUCCCGCGUGACUAAGACUGAAUUGAAAACCUGGAGUCUCCGGUUCCAAGUCAACCCUUCUAAGUCGGUGAAGAAGUUCAGGGAACAGCAGAAAGGGGAAGAGUCAACAGGCCACUGGAGCUGCCAGCCAUUUUAAACUGAAACACUGCAGAAGGGGAAGCAGAGUGUGAGGGCCAGGCCCCGUGGGGGCUCAUGGCCGGCAGACAGCUGCAUCUGCACUGGGUGCCGCAUUUACUCUAUGUGCUGCUGAUGGUGGAGAUAAUGUCUGGGGCCAGCGACCCAUCUACAGGCACCCAUAUCAGCCCCGAGUUUCCAGCCUCAGAUGUGAACCAGAGCCCUGUGGUGGACUGCCGUGAUGUGUGUGGCCUAAACGCCUCUGACCGCUGUGACUUCAUCCGGACCAAUCCUGACUGCCACAGCCAGGGGGGCUACCUGGACUACCUGGAAGGCAUCUUCUGCCACUUCCCCCCCAGUCUCCUCCCUCUGGCCAUCACCCUCCACGCUUUCUGGCUGCUUUACCUGUUUCUGAUUCUGGGAGUCACAGCGGAGAAGUUUUUCUGCCCUAACUUGUCAGCCAUUUCCACCAUGCUCAAACUUUCUCACAAUGUGGCAGGCGUCACCUUCCUGGCCUUUGGGAACGGUGCACCUGAUAUCUUCAGUGCCCUGGUGGCUUUCUCGGACCCGCACACAGCUGGCCUGGCCCUCGGGGCACUGUUCGGCGCCGGUGUGCUGGUGACCACCGUGGUGGCCGGUGGCAUCUCCAUCCUGCGCCCUUUCACGGCCGCCUCCAGGCCUUUCCUCAGAGACAUCAUUUUCUACAUGGUGGCCGUGUACCUGACCUUCAACAUACUCUACUUCGGCAGGGUCACGCUGGCGUGGGCCCUGGGUUACCUCGGCUUGUAUGUGUUCUACGUGGUCACUGUGGUUCUCUGCACCUGGAUCUACCGAUGGCAGCGGGGGAGAUCCCUGGUCCACUCCAUGCCGGGCACUCCAGAGAUGCUCUCAGAUUCCGAGGAGGAGGACCGGGUGUCUUCUACCACCAAUAGCUAUGACUACAGGGAAGAGUACCAGCCGCUGCUCCUCUGCCAGGAGACCACGCCCCAGAUCCUAGUCCGGGCCCUCAACCCCGUGGAUUACAGGAAGUGGAGGAACAAGCCCACCUACUGGAGGGUUCUCAAAGUGUUUAAGCUGCCCGUGGAGUUUCUGCUGCUCCUCACGGUCCCCCUUGUGGACCCGGACAAAGAAGACAGAAACUGGAAGCGGCCUCUCAACUGUCUGCACCUGGUGAUCAGCCCCCUGGUUUUGGUCCUAACUCUACAGUCGGGGGCCUAUGGCGUCUAUGAGAUAGGUGGCCUGUUUCCCAUCUGGGGCAUGGUGGUGAUUGCGGGCACAGCCGUGGCUUCAGUGACCUUUUUUGCCACAUCCAACAGCAAGCCCCCCAAGCUUCACUGGAUCUUUGCUUUCCUGGGCUUCCUGACCAGCGCCCUGUGGAUCAACGCGGCUGCCACAGAGGUGGUGAACAUCUUACGGUCGCUAGGCGUGGUCUUCCGGCUGAGCAACACCGUGCUGGGGCUCACGCUGCUGGCCUGGGGGAACAGCAUCGGAGACGCCUUCUCCGAUUUCACGCUGGCCCGCCAGGGCUACCCGCGGAUGGCGUUCUCGGCCUGUUUCGGUGGCAUCAUCUUCAAUAUGCUGGUGGGAGUGGGGCUGGGCUGCCUGCUCCAAAUCUCCAGGGGUCACCCGGAGGUAAAGCUGGAGCCGGACGGACUGUUGGUGUGGGUCUUGGCAGGCGCCCUGGGCCUCAGCCUCGUCUGUUCCCUGGUCUCGGUCCCACUGCAGUGCUUCCAGCUGAACAAAGUCUACGGCUUCUGUCUGCUCUUCUUCUACGUGAACUUCCUCGUAGUGGCCCUGCUCACCGAAUUUGGGGUGAUUCACUUGAAAAGUGUCUGAGUGAAGCCGUGUGUCCGGGUCCACCUGGUGGUCAGGAGGCGUCACUGCAGGCGGUGAGAUGGAAGAUGGAGGGUGGCGGUGCCUUCUCUAGAGCAGGCGGGGCCCGCGCGGCAGUGAGUGGGGUGCGGGCUCCGUGGGGUGCUCUCUCCGCUAACGGCGCUGCUGUGUUCACGAAGGAGAGCCGAGCCUCGUUUCUGGGACUUUGGAGACUGGGCUUCACUGUGGGUGGACAGUUCCAGACAGAAGGCAGAAGACUUUUGAGUCAUCAUCGCCAGAGCCUCUGGAAGGUUGGGGUUUGGGAUGAAGUCCGGGCUGGUGUUGUGAGACCGGGCCCCUCCCUGCUCUCCUGCUUCUUCUCCUCAGGGCUCCAAAGGCUGCCGAACCUGGGUGUCGGGGGUCAGGGUGCCGAACUCGGGUGUCAGGGGUCAGGGUGACUGGGACCUGUGGACGGAACGCCGUGUGCCGGGGCCUCAGGCCAACGUGGGCUGAGUUCUAGAGCUGCACUGUCCAACAGAAACAGAACGAGAGGCACAUACCUAAUUUUGAAUUUUCUAGUCACAUUACACAAAGCCAAAAGGAACAGGUGAAAUUAACAGUAAUAUAUUUUCCUGAACCCGACGGCUCUGAAAUGCCAGCUUGUGUCACUGGCCACAUUCGCAGCUACCAUACUGGACGGUACAGCACUCGGUCGACCUCUGGAGCUGGCUGCCGGCUGCCGGCUGCGGCAAACUCUGUGCGCUGAACCUUGGGUCUCCCCAGCUGCGAAACAGGAGUCAGUUUGUGCCCUGUGCCUACCUCAGGGGAAGCCCUGGACUGGGGUUCUGGUGCCUGCCAGCUCUGGGGGGACAAAGAGUGCCUUCCCCCACCCCACAGCAUCCUGCUGCCAGUGACCUGCCUCUUCGGUAGGCAACCGAAGAGUUUGCCCGAUUGCCUUAUGCGGGCAGUAAAGGGAUUCAACUGUCUUUUUUUUCUAAUGAAAACGUUGUUAAAUGUUUCAAGCAUACAGAAAGCAUACCGCGCUCACCAAUUCUUUCUUACCCGGGCUAAGUGACGAGCGGUUGGUCCCAGGGCUGAAGCCUCUUGGGCCCAGUACAUCUGGGCUUC